UAGCAUCCUCAAAGAAAAAAACAAAAGGAAAACUUCUCAAAAUGAGUACUACCACGGUUGAAGUGCCGGCUCAUCUAGUUAUUGAUUUGCAGGACAACCAACUGACGACGUGUGAGAAUCCCUUCGUCAAAAGAGGGUGUAAAGGGAUGAUAGAGAUUAUGAAGGGAAAUGGGAUUAUGCUUCGGAUUGACCUCCCGGGGAGCAGGCUUAGGAUUGAUCUCCCUGGGAAUGAUUUGGAAUUCACCAAAGAAGGAGGAAGGCUAGUGCUCACUGCCACCGAAGAUAACGACGUGGACUUCACCCCCCGCACAUAUCGUAUCGAGGUUGUCUACGACCCGGCCCAUAAAAAAGUUAACGUUAUCGGCGGCGGCAGCACCAACGGUGUGAUGUGGAUCCAUUUUAACAUAUAAAGUUUGAUUAAAUUCUAUGUUCGAUGAUAUCAUCUAUUUACAAAUAAAAAAAAGAGAGUGUGAAAAUAGUUUACUUAAUUACUUUGUGCCAAGGAUGAGCCUUGUGAAUUCAGUGUAGUUUGGAUUCAUGCAGUUGAUUUCCUCUCGAGUUGGUGUUCCAAGAACCUAUAAACACACAAUAAGAAAUAGUAACUGCAUGUAA